AUGCCGGUCGAUCAUUCUCCGCCACGUGAUCCGCCAAGAGACGGUUCCACGACGACUACAGGCGAUCAGCAGGACAACGAACCUCUUAUUCAAGAUAUAGCGGUAAUCAAGUCUCGUCAAAUAACGCUGCCACCAUUCUAUAAGCAAAAUCCGCGUUUAUGGUUUGCGCAAAUCGAGUUAGCGUUUGCGAAUCAUAAUAUUACAUCAGACACGACUAAGUUUCGUCAGCUAGCCGCUCAGCUUUCCGGAGACGUAUUAGACAGCGUUUCAGACAUCAUUCUUUCACCUCCGCGAGAAAAUAAAUACGAAACUAUCAAGAAGAGAAUAACCACAGCGUAUGACAAGGGAGAUGAAAGGAGACUUCGACGCCUUCUCCGAGGCAACGAAAUAGGCGAAAAACCUACGGCUUACCUUUACCGACUUAAAAGCUUAACUACAGGGCAAUGCAGCGAGCCUGUGCUAGGAUCCCUGUUCCUAGAACAGCUUCCUGAUCAAGUGCGCACAAUCUUGGCAAUCACAGGCGCGCAGGACGUAGCAUCUCUAGCGGAGAUAGCGGACAAGGCGAUGGACAUAAUCAAACCGCCCAUUCUAGCCAUCAGUGCCACGGGUGUCACGCCAGACAUAAAGCACAAAUCAGAAGGUGAGUCCGCACAAGCAAAGGCUAUAGAGACGCUAACAUUACAGGUCGAGGCUCUCGCAAGGAAAUUCGAGCAAAAAUCACACCCUCGCCGAGCACAGUCUAAAAGCCGAGGACGACAGCUCGCCAAUCGCUUACCUGCUCAAACUGCCAAGAAUCCCGCUAGCCGUCCCUGCUACUUCCACAGAAGAUUCGGCACGGAAGCUCGCAACUGCCAAGAACCUUGUGGAUGGCCUAAGACGCAAGAGAAACAGGAAAACUAA